UCUCUUCCUUCUCUUUUCUGCUGAAACCCUAAAAAUGGAGGAAAUCGAGAAUUCUUCAACGCCACAAUCUAUGGAUCGAGAAGUUGAUUCGAUAGAUCCAUCGUCUAAUUCGCAAUCUAUAGUUAAUUCUUCUCAUAGAAAUUUAGCGAUCGAGAGAUCAAGAUCGUCAUUUCUAAAUGAGCAUCAAACUUCAGUUUCUCAACCUCUACCUUCUCCUAUUUCAGAUCUUAGAGCUUCACCUCAAAUCGAGGCUUCUCAACCCCUAACUUCAGCAAGAGAGCAUUCAGGUUAUAGAUCGUCGGCUCCUGUUGAUAGAUCUGGAGAUGUUCCUGAAUCUUCUCAUCCUUCACUUAGAACAAAAAGAAGAGAAGAUGAUCCAUCUUCAAUUGCUUAUUCAGAACCUUCACCUUCAGAAGGAGGAGCUGAUGAGUCAACAGCUGAAAUCACUCAGCCGGUACAGGAGUUGAUCAAUAACUUGAAGGAUCUCCACAAAGAAUUAUGUUCUACAAAGGGGGUCAGCUGGUUUGUUGGCGGAGGAUUUAAAUUCAGCAAAGAUGCUCUAAAAGUAUUCAAAUCCAAGUUCACUCCACAUAAAAAGAAGAGACCUAACUGGAUGACACGCAAUUCGUAUAGAGGAUUCAAAGAACAAAUGCGGAAGUUUAGAUUUAAGAAACCGCCGCCUGUUUAUAAUUCAACAUACAGGCAUGAUCAACAUGAGUUCGUACACAAGGAUUUCAAAAGACAUGAUCCUGAUAUUGUAUCCAUAGUGUUGAAUCGGAGGACUGUUUGUAAAAACAAAGAACCUUCAUCCCCAGAGAUCAGUUCUGGAGGUCCUCUGUUACAGUCCGAUGACUCCCUCUAUUCAGACGACUCACUCUCUUCUUCGUCACCAUUUCAAGCGCAUCAUUCUUCAGCAGGUCAAGCAGCUAGUAAUUGCAAAAUAUAA